GGCAGAAGCAUCACUGCAGAGCACUGGGGGCACCUGAAGACACAGCAUCCAACCAAGUGUUCAGUUGGUACAACAGAUCUUUCUACACAGCAGGCGGUGAAGACUGAGACCAGAGCUGCACGCAGUAUGGUGGCGUACACAUCCACACCAAGUGACGUGGAGAUGGGUCUUGAGGAGAGGACGGUGGUUUUGGUAGAAAAGAAAUCAUCCACAGGGUGGAUAUGGAAGGUCUCCGUGGCCCUUCUCCUUGUGGCCCUUUGUUUCGGAGGCGUGCUGCUGUUUGCUUGGUACUGGAACGGACAGCCAGAAAUGACUCGAUCGGGCCAAACGGAAGCACUAAUCGAGAAGAACACUGCUGAGAAAACAGAUCCCCACUACACGCUGAGGCGCAUCAGCAGCAAAGCCAAGGCAGCCAUCCAUUUAGAAGGUAGCUACGACGACGACGAGAGUCUGAAAGACGAGCUGGAGUGGAAGAACGGUCAAGGCCAGGCGUUCGCUCAGGGCGGCUUCCGACUGGUGAACAACCAGAUCGUCAUCCCGCAAACCGGCCUCUACUUCGUCUACAGCCAGGCGUCGUUCAGGGUCUCCUGCAGCGAUGGCGACGAGGAGGGGACGGGAAAACACCUCACACCUCUGAGCCACAGGAUCUGGCGCUACUCGGACUCCAUAGGCAGCAAAGCCUCCCUGAUGAGCGCGGUGAGGUCGGCGUGCCAAAGCACCGCUCAGGAGGACAGCUACGGGGACGGGCAGGGCUGGUACAACACCAUCUAUCUGGGCGCAGUGUUUCAGCUGAACAGAGGAGACAAACUGUGGACGGAAACCAACCAGCUGUCACAGCUGGAGACCGACGAGGGCAAGACUUUCUUUGGUGUGUUUGCACUUUGAAAUGACUAUUUGCUGCGAAGCCAACUGAGAAGAUACAAAGCUCUGCACAGUGUCGUAAAUUUGGGCUUUUUUAAAAAGAUUUUGCAUGUUUUUUUUUAGAGUUUUGUUGUUAUUCAUCUUCAUGGUGAUGUAGAAAUGUUUAAAUCUCAAUGGAGAUAAAGCUCAAAGCCGAACAGGCGGUGCUGAUUUUUUUUAAAAUCCUAUAAACUGUAACAGUUUGCAACAUUAUUUCUGUUUUCGGCACUUUUUGUACAUUAUUUAUGCAGACCUGAGAUUGUAGUAGACUAGACUUUCUCUGCUGUAACAGAUGACACAGAUGAGAGUUCAAGGAUUAUGUACAGAAAUAUUAUCUACUUAACUAUUGUUAUUGCA